GGCACUUCUGUCACCAUCCUGUGGGAAUGACUUGAGCGUAAACUUGUGCCGUCGCUGCUCAACAACACAGAGCUGGGGUCUUUCCAUCGGGACGCUCACACAGGUGAGGACAGAGCUGCAGCUGAUGUGAGAUAAUAAAAAGAAGGGAAGCCAUCAGGUGGACAGAGAGGAGCAACAGAGGUAAUGUGGACAAUCAGCCUACAGUGACGAUGGCUCACGUGAAGAGGUUUCAAAGUAUCCCCAUGUCAAAGGCAAAAGAGUGUCAGUGGAGAAUUCACAUAGAAGACCUGACCUCCAGACAAGAGAAGGAUCUGCAAGACAGACUUACAAGACUUCGAAUGUUUAGGGAGUUCCAAAGAAAGGUAUUAGAAGAGGAGAUCGGCAUAGAAGGCGAGGCUGCCUGCCAACUCCUGGCGAGGAUGUAGAUUCUCCACAGAACACCAACUUACCAGCAACACCUCGGCAUGCACUGGAAAUUUUGUGCAUGUGCAUCUUUUUUGGCUAGCAUCAACUUACAGCAACUAAUGCCAUCUUAAAUCAUUAUGCUGGCAAUUCAAAAUCUGUGUGACUGCUUCUUAACUCUUGUGAAAAAAUGUAUUAAAAAAUACAACAUCUUCAUAAUUCUGUAGAUCAAGACCAUAGAACCAUACUAUAUUGUCAGGUAACUGCACAAAAUGCAUAAUUACAUGAAAAUAAGUUAA